AUGCCGGUGAAGGCGGAGAGCCCGGCGCCCGCGACGGACGACGAGCUGCUGCUGCUGCGCCUCGCCUCGCCCGCCCCCUCGGCCUCGCUGCCGUCCAGCGCCGGCGAGGAGGAGGAGGACGAGGAGGACGGGCGGCCGCGGCGGCUGCAGGAGGGCGCGCGGCGAGCGGGGAGGCAGCGGGGGCCUCCGCGGGCAACGCGCACGGCGGAGACGGCGCAGCGCAUCAAGCGGAGCCGGCGGCUGAAGGCCAACAACCGCGAGCGCAACCGCAUGCACAACCUGAACGCGGCGCUGGACGCGCUGCGCGACGUGCUGCCCACCUUCCCCGAGGACGCCAAGCUCACCAAGAUCGAGACGCUGCGCUUCGCCCACAACUACAUCUGGGCGCUCACCGAGACGCUGCGCCUGGCCGGGGCCGCCCGCCUGGGGGGAGCCGCCGAGAACGCGCCCGGGGCGGCCGCCGAGGGCAGCCCGUCGCCCGCCUCGUCGUGGAGCGGCGGCGCCAGCCCCGCGCCCUCCGCCUCGCCCUACGCCUGCACUUUAUCGCCCGGCAGCCCCGCCGGCUCCGCCUCGGACGCCGAGCACUGGCCGCCCCCGCGGGGCCGCUUCGCCCCUCCGCCGCCGCCCCACCGCUGCCUCUAA